GGGUCAGAAGGAAGAUUGGCGAAGAAGUUCCGAUGGUGAGAAGACCGGCAAGGUGUUACCGCCAGAUUAAGAACAGGCCAUACCCAAAGUCAAGGUACUGCCGUGGUGUGCCUGACCCAAAGAUUAGGAUCUAUGAUGUGGGAAUAAAGAAAAAGGGAGUUGAUGAGUUUCCAUUCUGCGUGCAUUUGGGCAGCUGGGAGAAGGAGAAUGUCUCGAGUGAGGCCCCUGAAGCUGCCCGAAUUGCUUGCAACAAGUACAUGACCAAGUUUGCAGGAAAAGAUGCCUUCCACCUUAGGGUUAGGGUUCACCCUUUCCAUGUUCUUCGUAUUAAUAAGAUGUUGUCGUGUGCUGGGGUUGAUAGGCUCCAAACGGGAAUGAGGGGGGCGUUUGGCAAGCCGCAAGGUGUUUGUGCCCGCGUUGCCAUUGGAGAGGUUCUUCUGUCCGUUCGCUGCAAAGAUUCCAACAGUCAAAAUGCACAGGAGGCUUUGCGUCGUGCCAGGUUUAAGUUCCCUGGUCGCUAAAAGAUCAUUGUUAGCAGAAAAUGAGGUUUCACAAAGUUCAACCGUACUGAUUAUCUGAACUACAAGAAGGAAGGCCGCAUUGUGUCUGAUGGUGUCAAUGCUAAUCUUUUAGGAUGUCAUGGACCCCUUGCAAAACGCGCACCUAGAAAAGCAUUUAUUGAUGCAGCAGCUUAGACCUUUUGUUUUUGUUUCACAAGAC